AUGCCGUAUUCCAUACCGCGGCCUAUUCCUGCCAAACAUUCAGCAUACCAGUCUGGAAGCCGUGAGCGGGAUCGUGAUAACCAAAGUCAUUCGCAAGCGAUGAACUCUAAAAGUAGUGCGGUGGGCUCUGCUCCGGUACACUUCUCGCCCACAAAAAGAGCUCAGACGUUUGUACAGUCGCAGCAGCAGGGGAUGGGAAGAAGGAGGUCUUCGACCAUUAAGAGUGCCCUCUCGUCCCUGCUAGGAUCCUCUCCUCCACAGCAGCAGCAGCAGCAUGUGCCGCAGAAUGUCCAUCGGAGUUUCAGUCUUCCAAAGACGGGAUCAAGCCUAAGUGUUGGCGCUGAGAAUCCCCCUAGCCAUGCGAACAGUUCUGUUUUGAGUCCUGGUCUGAGAAGGUACAGUACUACGUCUGCUGAAGUGACGUCAGACGGUCACAGAAACAGCGGAUACUACACUACAAAUGAGGAGGAUGAAGAUGCCGUAACAGAGUCUGUUCAUGGUGAUACCAGUUUGGAUGAGGACUCUACAAUUGGAGAAUCUACCAGCGCUAGUGGCUCUUCGGCUUCAAAUCCUGGUGUUUUGAGCAAGUCUUUGAAAUCUCUAGGGAAAAUCUACCUGACGGAGUAUCUAGCUGAAAGAGGUUUAUUGGCGCCAACAACAGUAAUGGAAAAUCAGUCCCUUAAGGUCUCUUUAGCGACCAGUGGUGAGUCCGUUUUCUUACCUACCAUGUCUUCAAAUGAUGAUGAAUAUCUGGCGAGGUUAAACGGGUUACGAGAAGAUGAAGAUGAAGGUGAAGAUGAAGAUGAAGAUGAAGAUGAAGAUGAAGUUGAUGAUCUUGGUUUUGAGGCCGCAACCUCAGAAUCAAGACCACAACCUCAUGUAAGAUCACCUGGAUCGAGUGAUCGGGGCAACAGAACCACCGCGGUCAACGCUACUGCUCGUUCAACGUCUGAGAGAGCUGGCGUUUCUGAACCCGUAGAUGAAAGCGUUUCUACUUCUUCGAUUGGAAGUACACUUGAGAUUGAUAGUUCCAUGGCUACUUACACUAUAGCAAUGAUAUUAUCUGUUUCUCAUCCAAUCACACUGUCUAAUCUGCGAACCGAGCUUUGCUCAAGAAUAAGAGUAUAUUGGCCGAACGGUGUUCCUCCUACCAAGGUCUUUCACGAAGAAUUUUAUUGUGCAGGCCAUCUUGAUUGGGAUUUAAGUAUGGAUAAUGUGAAUCUCUUCGUACCCGCAAAUGUAUCGUCAAGUGAAAAAAUAAUUAAUAAUUGCAAAAACCUGAAACCAAUGGAGAUUUUCCAAAACUCAAAUGAUUCUCGUAAACGUUAUUUGGACAAAAAUAAUGCCAAAAAACAGAUGAUGAAUAAAAUCAAAUCUUCGAAGAAUCAAUUAUAUCAAUCUGGUGACUAUGUUUUCAUAAUACCGAUAGUUUUUUCGAAUACAAUACCAGAAUCACUUUAUUUACCGUCAGCUCGAGUUAAUUACAGGUUUCGUAUUGGUAUGAAAUUAAUUGAACCAUACAAUCAACAGAACAAAAAUCCAGAUAAUCAAGAAUCACUAUCAGCAAAAAAUCCGGAGUCGGAUGCAACAAGCCUUAAGAAGCUUAACUUGUUCAAAAAACUCAAGAAUAAUCUGCAUUUGAAUAACCCACAUGUAGGUAAAGAAGAAUUGGACGAUAACAACAAUCUGUAUGCAGAAUACCCAGUCAAUAUUGUAAGAACACCACCGCAAUACUCAAUUUCCACAGCCAAUAAGCCAGUUUAUAUUAACAGGGUGUGGUCAGAUUCAUUAUCUUAUGAGAUUUCUUUUGCUCAGAAAUAUGUUUCACUUGAUAGUAAAGUUCCCAUAAAGAUAAAAAUUGUGCCUUUGGUCAAAAACAUUUGUUUGAAGAGAAUUAGAAUAAGCGUUUUGGAAAAGAUAACUUUAGUUAGCAAAGACUGCGAAUAUGAAUACGAUCAAAUAGACCCUGUUGCAAAAGAUCCAUAUAACCCAUAUUUUGCUGAAUUCUCUUCCAAAAGGAAAAAAGAACGUAAUUUAUCAAUUUUGGAAAUCAGGUCGAAGGAGAAGGGGUCUCGUGCUCUUCGCGAAGAAGUUGUGAAUAACUGCAUCGAUGACAAUUUGCUGGCCUAUAAUUGUUUACAAGACGAUAAAGGUGAAAAAGGUCUAGGUAUGACUGAGCCAUUGGUGAUAACAACAAACUUAGAAUUCCCUAAAUAUAUUGAUAUGGACAAGGACACUGCACGAGUAGUACCACCUUAUGGUAUCGAUGUUUAUUCUCCAGUGUCGAAUCCUGAACUUGCAAAAAAUUCAAAUACGGCCAAUCGAGGAGGUGUAAUAGGAUUUCUAGCUGGAAGAAGAAGUUCUUUGUCCGCGACUGCUGGUACCAAAAAUACAGGGCAGAACCAUCAGUACUUGUCAACGCCAUCUCCCGUUUUCAACCCGAAAUUUCAUGAAACAAGCUUUCAAAGUGAUUCUGAAGUUCCUGUUGAGUUCCAAACGAGGUUGAAUGAAGCAAGACGAGGACUUUAUCUGGACAGUCUUCAUUUCAGUAAUAUCUAUAGUAGGCAUAAGCUGGAAAUAAUGUUAAGAAUCAGUAAACCAGAUGCAAAGGAUCCAGCAAGACUAAGACACUACGAGGUUCUAAUCGAUACACCUAUAUUUUUAGUAUCUGAUUUAUGCAACAGUGGUAACAUGGAGUUACCAACUUACGAUAUGGCGACAAGUGAUAGAUUUUCUCCCGAAAUGAUUGCAGGUGCUGCACCACCUACUUUUGAGGAAGCCAUUUCAAUUCCUGGCUCUCCAUUAAAUUCACCAAUGAAUUCUCCCGUUGGGUCACCUAUAUUGAGAGGAAGUUUUGAACAGGACGAUUUAUACAUGAACAAUAUAAAUCUAUCCAGAAGUGCCUCAAUCGGUGGAAUGUUACCUUUGGAAGGAAUGACGCAAGGGAGCACUCCAGUGCCCCUUUCAACUUCGGUUGACGCCAAUCAACGGUACAAUAACCUUGAUGGCCUUUUAAGUCCUACUUUUGCCGCGGAAGUAAGCGACAUUUCAAGCCAGUCAAGAUCAAAUACUAAAAACGCUAUUGGUGAGCAUCAGAAUAACUAUAUGCCCACAUAUGGAAGACAAUCAGUCUUUAAGGAUAACUAUUCCAUUGCAAGGGAAAGCCCUGCAAGCGGGAGUUCACAAACUAAGCAAAACAUCGAAUCCAACAAUGACAAUGUGCAUCCAUCAGACGUAAACAGAGCCGACGUCACGCAUUAUCCUCCCCGCUAUGAUGAUAUCGUCUCGAUGACGAGCGGUAAACACUGA